AUGAGAGCCAUUGAUACUAAGAUGCCAGUGCCUCGAAGACGCCAAAGAACAACGCUUAUGCAAAUUCAGAAUCUGCCAUCACUGGCUCUGAAGUUGUUCGAUAUUGACUUUGUUUUCAAGAAGACACGGAUUUUCCUCCUCUAUGGAGUUGCGCCAGCAGUGAUCUACAUUGGGAUGAACACGGAGCCCCGUCCGGCGAGUUGGUUCGAGCUCAUCAACAUUCUAGACUAG